CAUCAACGAGGCGUGUUCAUCUGUGUGUUGUGCUGUGAUUCAACGGCUUGUGGAUAAAGAGGGUGAAUAUAACGACAGAUAAUGUCCAAGAGCCAGGAUUACAUUGCGCGGAUCAGGUAUCAGAAUGACCUUCCACCACCUCUUUUACCACCAAAAUUGUUGAAAUAUUCUGGACAUGACGAGGAGCAGGUCGGUUCAUCGAGCCAGCUGUCUUUGUUGAUCCGCAAAGAAGGGGUGAAUGGUCUAGUUUCACUGGAUAACGACAUUGGUUUACCAUUAGAUAUCAUCCAGGCACCGCUGUUGUUCGAUGAGACGUCAAGACCGAAAACUUCGGAUGAUAAGGAGAAGCAUUCGACGCUUCAUCCACAUGACCGUAUCUUGCUCAGAGACCCACAGGUGGAGAAAGUAGCCAAGCAUCAACCUCAGGUUUCCUUCUUGAGAAGAACCGAAUAUACAGGUGCCGUGAUGAUGGGCAACGGCUCCAGUAACGUUUCAAGAUCUGUGACGCCCCACCUAUCCCGUGAGGAUGAUUCUCCGGCAGCGCAAUUGCGUGCUAUUGAGACCACUUUUGAAAAUGCGACAAAGACUUUGAACGACUUGACAAAGAUUAGACAUCCAACGAAGAAGAGCUUGAAGCCAAAGAAAGUUUGGAACCUGUUGCCUGAUGUCUCUAGAAUGGAUCAAAAAUUUUCAAGUGUCAAAUUUGGUUCAAACAGUUUGUCCAAAGUUCGUGACUUGGACUAUAAGACUGCACUGUUUAGACAGAUGAGAUUGGAGGACAUCAAUUGGAUGUCCUUCUACACCACCGAUGAAACAACUGGCUCUAGGGUUAAGAGAACGUUGGACGACUUGGAGGAAAACAUUCCAAAGGAGAAUACUCAAGACAGCGAGAGCUUCAAGUAUACGAAAGUUGACGAUUUCGACUUGCAUGUAUCCAGACUUGAUGGUGAGAUCCAAGAGAUUGCGUUGAGGUUUGACGAAGCGAACGGGACCGUUUAUUAUAACCCAAUUUCAAGAAAGGCGGAUUUGAAAAGACGUAAGAUCCAAGAAUCCCACAGAGAAUUACUCGAAGAAAGGGACGUUGACGUUAUAAAUCUAAAGAUCAGGGAGCCAACCGUUGAGGAGUUCAACAAGAAGAACAACCUGAGACAUGAGCACGACUCUGUGACGUACGAACGUGUUGAGUUGGAUGACGAGGAGGAUGAUUUGGAAACGUUCAGCAAAUCAAGGGAGUGAACUGCGUAAUACAUGUAUAAUAGCAUUGACAAUUGGAGAUGCGUUUCAG